GGUGAACCAACCUAAUCCGGAGUCUGGGCAAUAAAAUUCAAUUCUUACUACCUUGCAGAGUCUUCUUACGAUCUCCCGUCAAUCAGCCUCUGGUAGCUUGCAAGCCGACUGGUUGGCCCCUCAAUAUAUAAAUUCAGCCUGAAUGUCGCCGGAGAUGUCGCUUGCCAACGCGUGGUUUUCGAUAUUUUUCAACUCUUUCAGGAUAGAUUCUUGAGUUGCGUAAUCAUGGUUCAGUCAUAUGUUGAAGGUUUUUGCGUUCGUUGUUUGUUUUCAUUUCUCUGAUCGCAAGAUCGUCAUAUUGUCUGAACUCCCGGGAGUACCGUCAACAUGGUGAACCCAACGGCCAUAUUUCUUCCGUUGUAUAUGUACCCCAUCAAUUCUUCUUGGGACGGUGUCAUAAGAAAGAUUGCGGAGUAUCGGGAUGUCAAUUUCCAAAUCGUCAUUGCGCCGAAUCUGAUCAACGUUAUUCCUGAUAUCAACUACCUCACACAACUCGAAAUCCUAAACAGCCACCGCAAUGUGCAAACACUUGGUUACGUACCAACCCACUGGGCAACUAGAGAUAUGGCCUUGGUCCAGGAAGAGAUCGAUUGCUACGCUUCUUGGGCCAAUUAUACCGAUGCGAAUAUUCAAGUUUCCGGUAUUUUCUUGGACGAGGCGCCUUCAUCACCUAGUCCCGAGAACCUGAGCUACAUGAGCAAUGUCACAGCUUAUGCCAAAAGUCUACUAAGUCCCGGGAAAGACAAGAUUACUUUUAAUCCUGGAGUGUCUGUUGAUGCGACCUUCUACGACAUCGCCGACGAGAUCAUUAUUUUCGAGAAUACGUGGGCAAAUUUUCAACAGGCUGCAAUACGUCCUGUGCCCCCGGAGCAACAACAGAAAUCGAUAUAUCUGAUACAUAAUUUUACGGCGGGUUCUAGAUUGCAAGACGAUUUGAUCAGUAAUUUGACGGAUCAGCAUGUUGCUGGGGCUUAUGUUACCACGCAGGAUGGAUAUACGUCAAUGAGUCGAUUAUGGGCAGACUUAGUUGAUGCUAUAGAUCACGCAGGAGACAAGUUGUCUGGUAGGGAUGAGAAUUUCCAAAACUAUGAGGAUGCUGACGUCCGAUAAGAUGACGAGGACGACGAUGAGGAGGGAGGGGAUAACGAUUGCGACAACGAUGAGGAGCGGAGAUGA